CCCUUGGCUAUGAUUCCUCGCCUUAGCUACAAACCCCUGCUCCGAUCCUUCUCACCGGACGACGCGCUCCAGCAACUCGACCGCCUUCUUCACCUCUCGCCCUUUCCCUCCGACCACCGCACCUAUACCUUCCUCCUCCGUCUCUGCUCCUUCCUCCACCCCGUCCAUGGCCUCCAGCUCCACGCCCGCCUCCUCAAGUCCGGCUUCCACUCCCACCUCUUCCUCCAGAACUCCCUCAUCAGUUUUUACUCCUCCGCCGCUGACAUCCCCUCCACCCGCCGCGUCUUCGCCGGCAUCUCCUGCCCGGACGUCGUCUCCUGGACCUCCUUCGUGUCCGCUCUAGCGCGGGCCGGCCUCGACGUGGACGCGCUCGUCGCCUUCCGCUCCAUGGAUGUGCUUCCCAACGCCCUCACCCUCGUCAGCGUCCUCCCUGCUUGCGCUCGCCUCGGCGAGCUCCGAUCGGGCAGGGCUAUCCACGGCUUCGCUCGUCGCGGUACACCCAACGUCAUACUGGACAACGCUAUCCUGGAUUUCUAUAUGAGGUGUGGGGAUUUGCCCAGCGCACGCAACCUGUUCGACGAAAUGCCCCUGAGGGACGUCGUCUCGUGGACGACUCUGAUCUCCGGUUGCAACGAGAACGGACUACCUGAAGAGGCUAUAUCGGCUUUCUGCGCGAUGCUAAGAGAUGGUAUUAGUCAGGUCCAGCCCAACGAGGCCACCCUCGUAAGCGUCCUCCGUGCCUGUACUUCUCUCACAGCGUUGAGCAGAGGCAAGAGCAUCCAUUCCUACUUGGUCAAGAGUUGGGCUGGUGUCAAUGUUCUCACGGGCAAUGCUUUGAUAAACAUGUACGCAAAGUGUGGAGAAAUCGCCAUGGCCUGGAGAGUCUUUCACGGCCUUGCCCGCGGAGACUCGGUGUCUUGGUCCACCAUGAUUGCGGGUUUUGCGAUGAACAGCCGGGCAGAGCUAGCAUUGCAACUGUUUGCUUUGAUGAUUUGCCAUGGGCUCGAGCCAGACAGCGUGACCUUCCUUGCAUUGCUCACAGCCUGCUGCCAUGCAGGAUUUGUCGACCAAGGAUUGACGAUGUUUAUGUCAAUGAGCAAGAUCUAUCGUAUUUGUCCUGAAAAGAAACAUUUCACAUGUAUGAUAGAUACCUUGGGGAGGGCUGGGCGCCUAAAGGAAGCGGAAGAGUUCUUCAGGAGCCUACCCAUUGAACCUGACAAGCAUGUAGUAGGAGCUCUGUUAAGUGCAGGCAAGAAGCACGGUUGCAAUCAAGCAGAAAGCAUGAUCUUUUAUGAGAAGGAUUUUGUCAGUCACUUGGGCUUUGGAGGAGGCACUUACGCAUUGGUGUCUAAUAUUUUGACUGAUGCUGGUAGAUACGAGGCUUCUUAUCAUGUGAGAGAUCUAAUGAGAAUACAGAAGGUAAAGAAGACAGCUGGUUGCAGUAGGAUUGGAGUUCAUUGACAUUGGCUAAAACCGCCUAUUGAAGAGGUACCUCAAACAACUGCAGAAACUUGUAUUAUUAUUAUUGUUUAUUUAUUUAUCAAUUUGACCUUGUAAAUAUACCUAUAAACGUGGACUCCCAACGUCCAAGCAACAGUGAGUGUAUGCAAAGCAAAACUGGGUUUGCUUCCUUUAAACUUAUGCCCCCUGGGAAGGAAAGGAGAGGACAAAACAAAACAAAAGCAAGGCCACAAUUAUUAUGUACAAUAUUCAAACACGACUGCUCUGAUCAUUGUCUAUCAUGUCAGAUAAAAGCGGAGGAACAC